UUCACUGGAGUCAAGCAAGCAGGGAGCGAAGGCGGCCUUAGGAGCACGAGGAGGCCCCGUCGAGUCACUCGCCGCUGUUCCACGAGUCGAGAGGCAAGCUGUUUGCCGCGCUAAGGCAGCACUCCGUUUUUUUUUUAAUCGAGAUCAUACCGUGUCCACACUAGCACAUUUCCGAGGUUGUCUGAAGAAAGUGGAAGUAACAAAGAGAGUGAGUGCGCAGCAGCAACAGCAACUAAGAAAACGGGCGUCGCUUACAGCGGCAUUCCAGACUUUUGCGAAGAUACAAAAGUUCAAACACAAUAAUGUUGGAUACUAGUACAGUGAGACUAGUAAUCUUUGUCGGUGUGGUAUUUGCAUUUGCCGGUGACCAUAUUGCCCUAAUACAAUCCUUAUGGGGAGGCGGAAAUGAGGAUAGAAAUCAAACGGACAGUUUGAGAAGGUUACCUGAAGGACUAUCGAAGGACGGAUUAAAUUUUGAGCGCAUGGUCUUUGCUACUUCGAAAAAAAAUCUGCAAGAGGAAAAUGCAAUCACUAGGCGCGCCAAGAUGAUGACGACCAUCAAGACGGCCUGUUUGCCCAAACUCAUUUGCGAACUGACGUCUAUCGCGCACCAGGAUCAGUUGAGCGAAAUGGAACGCUCGCUCCUCAACUUAAUCAGAGAUACGAGUCUGAGUACUAUGGCAGAAGUAACAUCAAGGUAUCAUUUUGCGGCGCACAUGGGUCAACUGAUAUCAGGCAUCGAGGGCCAGGGAUGUCACAAUUUUUAUCCAACUUGUCCACUUCCUAGUGCCAGCGUCUUAAACAUGAUGAAGAAACUACGAUUUAAGUAAUGAUAAAAUUUUUAUUGUUCAUCAAGACAUCUGGAUACUACACGAUUAUAAGUGACGACUUGAAGAUAUAAAAAAUCGAAGUCAAAAAGAAAAGUCGAUAAAUAUUUAAACUGCGAAGUGAACUGACAAAACAUUGCACUAUAAUGGUUCUUUGUAAACUACAUAUAAAGCUGUGAUAAUCGCUUUUCAUACCUAUUAAUUAAGUUUCUGUCCAUUUCUUGAUAUUUUUUAUCGUUAAAUUUACUGUAAAGCGUAGAAAAUACUGAUGUGUACAUAAGUAGCGAUACGUCAUGUUUGUAAAUGUCAAGAUUACUUGUAACAACUUAUACGUUAAUUUUAUCUCCGCUGCUAACUCUUAUACUAGUCGAAGUAUUGUUUACAAUAUUAAGAAGUACUAAUUCCUUCGAUUUUAUAAUUUCCAUUUAAUGCAUAGCGACUAGAUUAAUAAGACUCACUAUGUAUUAAUUAAAUAAAAUUGUUAGAUAAUGCAAAUUAACGAUUUUUUCUACUGUUAUUCUUCAGCAAAUGUUUCUCAAUCUUAAAUUUAAAAAGUUUUUGCAUUUACAUUAUAUCGAUGGAUUGUACUUGAAAAUAAUAGGCAUUAAAAUUGUUUCAUUUACCAUAUUUUUAUUUCAAUAUACUCGUUGAUUUUAAUAUAUUUUACGAGAAUUGUACUUUACUUAUUAAUUUUAUUAAAAAACGAUAACUUAAAAAAAUGUGUACAACCACCGUGACACAAUUAAAAUGUAAAUAUUAAAAUGCACAGGUAUCAAAAGAACUGCUUGUUUAUUUUUAGUUAAAUUAAUUAACAUACAUUGAUUAAUAAUCGAUAACUACUAUACAGUAAAUAUAAGCUUAUUUUAUCUAAAUAUAUCAAUUCAUUAAACUAAGACCCAGUUGU